GCGGUCUCGGGAGCCCGGGAGCCCGGGACGCGACGCACUUCGGGGGCGCGGGCAAGCCGAGCCCGGCCGCGGGCAUAGGGGUCGGGUGGGGGGGUAAGGAGGCUCGGAUCGCGCCGCGCGCCGCUCGCGCCUUGGCCGACUGCGCUGUUCCUCCCUCCGUUCCGGGCUCGGGGCGGUGCUGCUGGUGGUGGCGGUGCUGGUGGUGGUGGUGGUGGUUGGUGGCGGCGGCGGCGUGGCCAGCGGCGGGAGAGAGAGCUGCGACUCGCCGUCUCCGGGAGGACCCGGCGAUCCCCGGCGAGUGUGCGCGUGUGUGUGUAGUGUUCGAGCCCGCGCUUCGGACGUGCCGGGGAGCGGCGGCUCUCGCUCUCGGCACCAUGGGCUGCACGCUGAGCGCCGAGGACAAGGCGGCGGUGGAGCGGAGUAAGAUGAUCGACCGCAACCUCCGCGAGGACGGCGAGAAGGCGGCCCGGGAGGUCAAGCUGCUGCUGCUCGGUGCUGGUGAAUCUGGGAAAAGCACAAUUGUGAAGCAGAUGAAAAUCAUUCAUGAAGCAGGCUACUCUGAAGAGGAAUGUAAACAGUACAAAGCGGUGGUCUACAGCAACACUAUCCAGUCCAUCAUUGCUAUCAUUAGGGCCAUGGGCAGAUUGAAGAUAGACUUUGGUGACUCAGCUCGGGCGGAUGAUGCCCGCCAACUCUUUGUGCUUGCUGGAGCUGCUGAGGAAGGUUUUAUGACUGCAGAACUAGCUGGAGUUAUAAAGAGAUUGUGGAAAGACAGUGGUGUACAAGCCUGUUUCAACAGAUCCCGAGAGUACCAGCUUAAUGAUUCUGCAGCAUACUAUUUGAAUGACCUGGACAGAAUAGCACAAUCAAAUUACAUCCCCACUCAACAAGAUGUUCUCAGAACUAGAGUAAAAACUACAGGAAUUGUUGAAACUCAUUUUACUUUCAAAGAUCUUCAUUUUAAAAUGUUUGAUGUGGGAGGUCAGCGAUCUGAGCGGAAGAAAUGGAUUCAUUGCUUCGAAGGAGUGACUGCCAUCAUCUUCUGUGUGGCGCUGAGUGACUAUGACCUUGUACUCGCUGAAGAUGAAGAAAUGAAUCGAAUGCAUGAAAGCAUGAAGUUGUUCGACAGCAUAUGCAACAACAAGUGGUUUACAGAUACAUCUAUCAUACUCUUUCUAAACAAGAAAGAUCUCUUCGAAGAAAAAAUCAAAAAGAGCCCUCUUACUAUAUGCUAUCCAGAAUAUGCAGGAUCCAACACAUACGAAGAGGCAGCUGCAUAUAUUCAGUGUCAGUUUGAAGACCUCAAUAAAAGAAAGGACACAAAGGAAAUUUACACCCACUUCACAUGUGCCACAGAUACUAAGAAUGUGCAGUUUGUUUUUGAUGCUGUAACAGAUGUCAUCAUAAAAAAUAAUCUAAAAGAUUGUGGCCUCUUCUAAGUUUUGCUGUUUAUGGUAAAAUGCAUUUUUUCAAACCAAAUGAGUACUUGUAUGUGGAUCUCUCUAGCCUAGAGUCUUGCAGCAACACAGAAUGUAGUAUAUGGCAAAUGUUUCUGGGACCUGACCAAAGUUCUGUCUUUGUUUUCUUUACUGAGAGUAAUAGGACCUUUUUAUAUGUGAAAAGUAGUCCUGUUACGUGAAACUAAGGACAGUGUUACAGCUGGACUCUAGCAGUUUGAUGAUUUCUGCGUAAGUGUAAAUAUGCAAAUGUAUGUAUACAUGUAUUUAUAAUUUAGUUUCGACUUUACAUUCAGGUUUUAAGAGUGGCAACAUACAAUUCUAGUGUGAUGGCUUUGGAAAUAACAGAAAUAUUAAAUACUUUGUACUGAAUGACCGACUCUCACCAUGUUUGCCAAGUUUUAAACAGCGUUAUGUUCUGUCCUGUAAAUUUCUAAGUACAGUAAUUAACAUUAGGAAACACUGCAGCCCUUGAUUAUGUGUAUACUUGUAGUCAUAAAAAUGUUAUUUGUAUAAACAUUGCACAGACUAUUUUAAUAACAUGAUUUGUUCCUUAAAUUUAAUGUGUUUUAUUGAAAUGUUCUUAAAAGAGGAUAAAUAUACCUGCCUUUGAAUCAGUUAUUUAAAAUUGUAUGCAUUAAAAUUUUUCUUUUAAGAGUG